UCAUAAUUACCUUUAUCUCACUUUCAGAUGAAUCGACUUGUGGUUAUCGUUGCGACACUCUUCGUCCCCACUACAUACAGUGCUGCAGGCGGUUUGUGGUGUUACCAUGAUCCUAGUUGUGAUGACACUACUUGGUCCAACAUUGUCACUGAAAAUUGCAACGGAUCCCGUCAGUCUCCCAUCAACAUCAUCUCCGCAUCGGCAGUGGGCGAUGAAUCCCUGACUGCCUUCACUUUCACCAAAUACGGAGACAACUCCACAAUGAACAAGAUCAAGAACACUGGCAAAACUGUCAAAGUGACGCUCACUAGUGGAGUCCAGGUUACAGGUGGGGCACUGUCUGAGGCCUAUGACAGCCUGCAGUUUCACCUCCACUGGGGGAAUGGUACCUCAGUACCUGGGUCGGAGCACACAGUGGAUGGAACACGCUACCCCAUGGAGUUGCACAUAGUAAAUGCCAAGUCUUCGCUCAAUGGUAAUACGACCGCGGCCGUUGCAGACGACAUGGGACUCGCUGUUCUUGGCUUCUUCAUAGAGGCCAUGCCGAGUAAUGUGACUGGUUCACCAGCAGCCUGGAAUACUCUGACAUCAUACUUGGCCAACAUCACACUAAAAGAUGAGUAUAUAAACAUUACUCAUGAUGCUUUUUCAUUGGAUGAGCUCCUGGAAGGGGUGGACCGUACCAAAUACUACCGUUACUUUGGAUCCCUGACCACUCCAAAUUGCAAUGAGGCUGUGGUUUGGACCGUGUUCAAGGACCCUAUCAAAGUCAGCCAGGAUUUGAUUGAUCUCUUCAGCACAACAGUGCACAUUGACCACAACUCCACCUCUGACUUGAUGACCAACGUCUUCAGGAACAUCCAGCCUGUCAACGACUGGGUGGUGACGACCCAGAGCAGCCCAACCACAGCCCCGCCAGUGUCAGGAGCCUCCACAAUGUGCUCCUCUCUGGCCCUCAUGGCCCUGGCCUGGAUGCUGCUGAGGGUUUAGUGACGGCGAGUAACGCCUCACAUGAAGUGCACUACCAUACAUACAUUGAUUACCAACAGGGUUCACUUUGAUCGAAGGAGAAACUAUUUGAAAAAGCAA